AUGUGGGGCCGGUGCCUGGCUAGUCGGGUCCGCCCUGGACCACCGGCCCUGGUCACCGCGACGGUGGGAGAUGAUGGUGCUGCGGCCCUCCGCGAGGUGGACCUUCACCAGGUAGAGGAGACGGGCGGGGCCCUGUUCCCGAACUGCUCUGCGGCCAAGGUGGCAGCUGUGCAGGAAGUCUCAGACUGCGGAGGCCUCGACGUCUUGAACUGCUCCAAUAGCUUCGUCAUCACCAACGGCGUGAAGUCGGUUUGCGCUGCCAGUGGCGAGCGCUGCUUAGACCGCGGGUCCGCGUUCUGCUGCUACUCGACAGGCGAUGCCGAGCUGUGCGAUCGCCGGUACUUGAAGGAGAAGAAGCCGCAGAAAGUGUCUGCCUGCGCUACACAGACACGCGCUGCUGGCUGCGGCCGGUCCUAUGAAAAACAUCUGGUUGGCGAACCCGGUGAUCGCGCCAUCGUUGUGGCGUGCGCCUGGGAUGGGAACAAGGCCAAGUGCGUGGGUCGCGACUCUCCUCUUUCUGACCUGGCCUGUUGCAAGAAGUAG